CUUCAUGUUGAACUCUGCCUCUCUUAUUUUUUACCUGUCAGAAAAGGCUAAUGGCAACUGCUGGCAAAGUUAUCAAGUGUAAGGCAGCGGUGGCAUGGGAGGCGGGGAAACCCCUGUCCAUCGAGGAGGUGGAAGUGGCCCCGCCCCAGGCCAACGAAGUCCGCAUCAAGCUUUUUGCCACAGGGAUCUGCCACACAGAUUCCUACACUCUGAGCGGGUCCGAUCCUGAGGGAAUCUUCCCUGUCAUCCUCGGCCAUGAGGGUGCUGGGACAGUGGAGAGUGUCGGAGAAGGGGUCACCCAAUUCAAAGCAGGUGACACUGUCAUUCCCCUGUACAUCCCUCAAUGUGGGGAGUGCAAGUUCUGCAAAAACCCCAAGACCAAUCUGUGCCAAAAGAUCAGGCUGACCCAGGGUCAGGGUCUUAUGCCAGACAAGACGUCCAGGUUCACCUGCAAGGGCCAGCAGCUGUUCCACUUCAUGGGCUGUAGCACCUUCUCUGAGUACACGGUGGUGGCUGACAUCUCUCUGGCCAAAGUGGACGAGCGCGCCCCCCUGGACAAGGUCUGCCUGCUGGGCUGUGGCAUCUCUACUGGAUAUGGAGCUGCCCUCAACACUGCCAAGGUGGAAGCAGGCUCCACAUGCGCGGUGUUCGGCCUGGGGGCCCUCGGUCUCGCCGUCAUCAUGGGCUGCAGAGAGGCCGGAGCGUCCCGGAUCAUCGGCAUCGACAUCAACCCCGACAAGUUCCAGAAAGCCAAGGAGUUUGGCGCCACCGAGUGUGUCAACCCUAAGGACCACGGCAAGCCCAUCCAGGAGGUUCUGGUGGAGAUGACCGAUGGAGGGGUGGACUUCUCGUUCGAGUGCGUGGGCAAUGUCGGCAUCAUGAGAGCUGCCCUGGAGGCUUGUCACAAGGGCUGGGGGGUCAGCGUCAUCAUUGGGGUGGCGGCAGCAGGCCAGGAGAUCUCCACUCGCCCCUUCCAGCUGGUCACCGGGCGCACCUGGAAAGGAACGGCUUUCGGAGGUUGGAAGAGUGUGGAGAGUGUGCCCAGGCUGGUCAGCAACUACAUGAACAAGAAGCUGAAGGUGGAUGAGUUUGUGACCCACACACUGUCCUUUGAGAAAAUCAAUGAGGGCUUUGAACUCAUGCAUGCUGGAAAAUGCAUUCGAACCGUCCUGACGUUCUAGGCCCUGAAACUCAAGAGACCUCUUCAGUGUCGUUCUCCUAUUGAAACAUUUCAGUCAUUGCUGUAGCCCUAUACUGUUUCCAUACAUCUUUUUUGGGGUUGAGUGUGGGAUGUCUUUGUCAGGGCUUUAUUAAAAACAUUACACAGUGCAAACAUUUCUUCAUUUCAGCCAAUGCUGUUAAAUGCAUGAUUUACUGAUCUGUGCUGUCUCAAAUGACAACCUUUAUUUCAAAGGGCCACUUUGAAAGCCGUUUUGCUUUCCUGAAAUGGAAAAAAUACCCAUCAAGAGCUGCUGUACAGCAAUUGCUCAUAUUUUCCACUAAUUACACCUUUCUGUUAUUUAUACAACCAAGUGAGGUCUUCAAAUUCUGGUUGCCAAAUGCAUGCUUUCCUCAAACUAUUUAGCUUUCCCUAAGCAAAGUAUUCUGUAAUGCAUUAAGAAAAAUUACAUUUAUGGAGGGAAAGAUCAGUGACAGAACACCACAUCCACAAUGAAAAUAUCCUUUAAUCCUGUUUGAACUGUUAACAUCGAAACAACUGGGAGCGUCUGGUUUUCCCGCGGUCGCUGUUCUGCGGCAGCCAAUGAGCACCGUGCCGCAUGGUUUAAACACCUAAACUGCACAUGACUGACACACUUUAAUGAUGCGCUGAGUGAGCGCCGAGGCUCAGCCAAUCACAGAGAGGAAAGUGGCUGAGGCCCUGCCCACAAUCCUCCUCACUCACAGAAACGGAUGAGAAAGCGCUGACAGCCACAAGGCCUCAGCUGCAUCACAUUAGAGUUGCAUUAAAAAAGGAAAACAUGAAAAUAUAAUAGUAAUCUGAUUUGUAUAAGAUCAUUUACGGGACAACAGAACACGGCUGGUACAGUUCUGACACAAGAUCGGUGGCAGAGUGACCUCGGGGGGCGUUUCCUGCCCUCUGGGAGGAACGGUCGACGUCUGUGAUGCCGUCUUUGGGAUUAACACUGUCACCAACCUGUCAAAAA